UUUACUCUGAACCAUGUACACCUUCUCCUUUCUGUGCGCUUUGGGCCUGGUGGCUGCCCUCGGGGUGCCGAGCACUUUGGCCUCUGAGGAGCGAAUGGAGGUAACCACCAUCCAGACGACUUCCACUGAGCAGAAUGAAAUUGUGAACAAACACAAUAGCCUGAGGAUGGCCGUCCAUCCCACUGCCACCAACAUGCUGAAAAUGAGCUGGAACAACGAGGCUGCAGUCAACGCCCAGAGAUGGGCCAACACCUGCUCCAUGAAGCACAGCACGCCGAGCGACAGAGAGAUCAGCAGCAGUGGCUGUGGAGAGAAUCUGUACAUGUCCAGCUCCAGGAACUCCUGGAGCAAUGCCAUCCAGAGCUGGUAUGAUGAGGUGAAGAACUGGCGCUACGGCGUGGGAUCCGUCAACAGAGGGGUGGUCGGACACUACACACAGGUUGUUUGGUACAACUCUCACAAGGUUGGCUGUGCUAUGGCCUACUGCCCCAACUCUACCUACAAGUACUUCUACGUUUGCCAAUACUGCCCUCCUGGAAACUACCAGUUGGCUCGUCCCUACACUUCAGGAUCCUCCUGUGGCGAAUGUCCCAAUGCCUGUGAUAACAAACUGUGCACUAACCCCUGCCCAUACACCGACCAGCACAGCAACUGCCCCGAACUGAAGGCUCAGCAUACCUGCAGCGACGAGGACGUGGCUUCCUGGUGUCCCGCCUCCUGCAAGUGCACGGACCAGAUUAUCUGAACAAUGCACGUUCCCAUGUGCUCUGACACUCAGAUCAGUCUUAAAACA